GUUGAUUUGAACAGGUCCUGAUCCACAAGAAUACAUGAACAUCACCAGAAGUUUAACUGAAUUACCCUCUAAUAUGGAAGAUGUUCAACAGAAACACAAGGAGACUCUGCGGGCACAGACUGAAACACUGAGCGUGAACACCAUCCUGAUGAACGAGAAGGUUAAGGAUUUCCUGCUGCUUGAUCGAUACGCUGAGCUCACAAUCAUCUCCACUGUUCGAGAUCGGACACUGGUGGAACAUGAGCUGCUGGCAAGAGGCCGGGACCAUGAGGAAUGGCAAGAGAAACAUCUCCGGGGAAAACUGGAAAAAAUCAGGACUGAUCAAUUGUUCCACAGCAGCUUUUCCCGGAGUAAAUCCGGAUCUGGGAGUUCAGCAUCAGUGGCCGGAGUCGCGGGGAUCGGAAAAACAACAAUGGUGCAAAAGAUUGUUCAUGACUGGGCCACGGGGAAAAUAUACCCACACUUCCAGUUUGUCUUCAGUUUCAAAUUCCGGGAUUUGAACAUGAUUAAACACAGAAUAACCCUGAAGGAACUGAUUCUGGAGCAAUAUCCUUACUUUGGGAAUAUCCUGGGAGAGAUCUGGAAGAACCCAGAGGGAUUGCUGUUUAUAUUCGACGGUCUGGAUGAAUUCAAGGGCAGAAUCGAUUUUGCUGACAGUCGGAGAGACACAGAACCUAAGCACCAGUGCCCAGAUCCCGAGUGGUGGUGUGAAGUGUCUGACAUUGUGUACAGUUUAAUCCAGCACAAGCUGCUCCCAGGGUGUUCAGUGCUAGUGACCACCCGCCCCACUGCGUUACAUUUACUGGAAAAGGCAGAGAUCAGUGUCUCGGCUGAAAUCCUGGGAUUUGUUGGUGAGGAACGGAAGGAAUAUUUCACCAGGUAUUUUGAAGAUCAGACGGUGGCAGCAGCUGUUUUCAAACAUGUGAAGGAGAACGAGAUCCUGUACACCAUGAGCUACAACCCCUCCUACUGCUGGAUCCUUGUCCUGACACUGGGCCCCUUCUUCACACAAACACACCGGGACCCGCAGCGAGUUCCCAAGACCAUCACACAACUAUAUUGCUACUUUAUUUACAACAUCCUGAAAAACCACGGCCGUGAGAUUGAGAGCCUCCGUGAGGUGUUACUGAGGGUUGGUCAGAUGGCCUUCACUGGAGUGGCUGAGAAGAACAUUGUGUUCACAGAUGAAGAUUUGAUCGAAUACAAUCUGCAGCCUUCCCAGUUCCUGUCCGGGUUCCUGAUGGAACUUUUGGAGAGAGAGGAUUCAGCCCGGAGCGUGGUGUACACCUUCCCGCACCUCACCAUCCAAGAGUUUGUAGCCGCACUCGCACAAUUCAUGACUGUAGAUCGCGGGGAUAUCAAGACACUCCUCUUUGAAGCCCAUGGCAAUUCAGACGGGCGAUUUGAAGUGUUUCUCCGUUUUAUCGCUGGUCUCUCCUCCCCACGGACAGCUUGGAUCCUGGAGGAGUUUCUGGGUAAAUUCCCUCAUCAAACAAUCUGCCGAGUGAUUGACUGGGUGAAGGAGGAGGUUAAACGCUGGGCUGGAGACGCAGGGAGUGAAGAUGCUCAAAGGAGGCUCCUGAACACAUUGCACUACCUGUUUGAGUCUCAGAAUCCUCUACUGGCUCAGCAGACAAUGGGACCUGUGGAAACACUUUCAUUCAGUGGACUGGGACUGACCCCGAUUGACUGUGCGGUCCUGUCUCAUGCCAUCAGGCUCUGUGAUACAAUCAAAGACCUCGAUCUGUCGAUGUGCCGCAUUCAGUGUGAAGGUCUCCAGCGGCUGGGACCGGUUCUACACAAGUGUCAGAAAUUGAGACUGGGACACAACGACCUGGGAGAUUCCGGAGUGAAACUGGUGUCUGCGGCUCUGAGGAACCCGGACUGUAAAAUACAGAAACUGGAGCUGUACAGUGUCGGUCUCACAGAUUCUGGAGUCGAGGAUCUCGCCUCCGCUCUCAAUACAAACCCCUCACUGAUGGACCUGGAGCUGAGACAGAACUCCCUCACAGACCGAUCUGUCCCCGCUCUCCGCCGCCUCAUACUGAACCUCCCGAGUCUGAAGUGGAUCAGGAUGGGGGAGAAUAAGUUCAGUGACGAUGGACUGAAGCAGCUGCGGAGUCUGCGGGUCAACAGGCCCGAGGUGAAUGUGGAUGUGUGAACAUCUCCAGUGUAAACGUCACCACCCUGGGGACUGGAAUAUUGUUGGCCGAUUCCCCGCCCUCCCCUUUAAACGGCCGCCCUCCCCUUUAAACGGCUGCUCUCCAGGUUUAAACCUGAACGGUUCUCGGGCCGGGCGGGCCAAAGAUCCUAUAGCAGAGCAAGAUAGGCUACUCCUGCUAAAUGCAAUGGACUGACGUGUAGUAGCUAUGGAGGGGAUCAUGGGCAUUUUUCCACGCCCAUUUUAGCAACCUGAGCCUACCUGACCCGACCCGACUCGCACUGUAAUCAAUGUUGCGGGGCAACAGUUUGUGUGGGUCAGAUUCAUAAAUCUGUCAGUUCAAACUUCUUGUCAAGAAUAAAAUUUGAUUCUGGUAAUUGUCUUUUUUAAUGUUUUUUAAAUCAUUUCUUUUUAAAUGGCUCACAAGCAGUGUUUGAGUUGAUUUUGUAGUAACCGGAACCGACCCGACUCGCAGGGUGAUUGACAGGGGGGGGCUUUUUGUGCGUGAUUAUAGGGUUAGAUUCAUAAUUCUGUUAGUUCAUAAUUCUGUUGAUUCUUGUUAAAGAAUAAAAUGUUUCUAAACAUGAAAAUUAUAUAAAUGUAUAUAACACACACAAUUAUAUUUCUUCUAAUCCAAUAAUGAACUUUAUUUCAGACUAGACAAGGGACAUUAAAUAAGAAACAUUGUAAAUAAGAAACAUUGUAAACCUCCCUGCAACUUCACACACACUAGGCCUUAUCCCCCCCGGCACUCUCUCGCCUGCCCCCUUACUACAAUGUCCCCCCCCCCCUACUAUGCCCCUCUCCCCGCUGCCCCGGACCCCGCACUCUCUCUCCUCGCUGCCCCGGGUCGCGCACUAUCUCUCCUCGCUGGGGGGGGACCUGCAGGAUCCCAGAUGUGACUUUAUCAUCAGCGGCCCCCGCUCUUGCUGCGGGUUGAUGGUGACAACUGUAUCCAUUUGGCAGAGAAGAUUAAACAUGACUCUGGUGGAUUCCAGACCAGGGCAUCGGAGAUGUCCUCAUUCUUCAGGGAACGGGGGUUCCCCUCUUCUACUAUAGAUGAGGCUCUAACCAGGGUCUCUUCUAUACCCCGUAACUCCGCUAUCACUCCCCAACACCCCACUCGUAACAAGGGCAGAUUCCCCUUGUCCUCACCUUCCACCCCACCAGCCGUCACAUACAACAGAUAAUCCUCCGACAUUUUCGCCACCUCCAACGGGAUCCCACCACUGGCCUCAUCUUCCCAUCUCCUCCCCUGUCUGUUUUCCACAGAGACCGCUCCCUCCGUAACUCCCUGCUCCCUUCCCAUCCAAAUCACCCCCUCCCCGGGCACUUUCCCUUGCAACUGCAGGAGAUGCUACACUUGUCGCUUUACCUCCCCCCUCGACUCCAUCCAAGGACCCAAACAAUCUUUCCAGGUGAGGCAGAGGUUCACCUGCACCUCCUCCAACCUCAUCUAUUGCAUCCACUGCUCUAGAUGUCAACUGCUCUACGGGAUAUUCUUUGUGACUGCGCUGUAAUUAUAGAGAGAAGUGUAGAUUGGUUACUUCUUACUAACCAAUUGUAGUGCUUGUUAGUAGAAGCUCCGCCUACUAUGAGGUUUAUAUUAUCAGAAGUCUGCUUAAGUAAUUAGCAAAGAUACUAGAACGGAGCAAGAUAGACCACUCCUGUAAAUUCCAAUGGACUGACAUGUAGUACGCAACGGAGCGGAACUUCCGCCAUUUUAGUAAACUCGACCCGACUUCAGUUAUGCCUCUCACAGUGUAAUCAUCGUUGCGGGGGAACAAGUUGUGUUUGCUAUGUUUAUAGUAUCUUUGCUUGGUCACUAUGUAAUAUUAUGUUUAUUGGUAAUGAGUGUGAGUAGCUGCUAGUUACUGUAACACCAUGCAGAUGAAUGCUGUGAGUGAGUGGACUUUAAUAAACGUGUGUUGUAACAUU